AUGAGUUACAGAUUUACUGGUUUGAUUUUCUCUGGUUUUCUCCUCGUAGUCGUGCUGCUAAUGCAGUCUUCAAACUCAAUUUGUUGUCCGAUCGUUGAUUGUCCUGUCAAGAGAUAUCGUCAUGGCGAACGCCAACGGGUUUUUGAGCACAUUCGAAAGAAUCAUGAAGCCAGUACAAUACCGGAGGACUUUCGAUUACGUCAUUCAUUGGAACCAUGCCCUUUUUGUGAUAAGCUGUACGUUUCUAGGUGCGCUUUCACGGGCUUCAACGCUCUUGCAAGACACAGCAAGGCCUGCUCUAGCAGAAGUGCACAAUCAAAUCUACAGGCCAACAGCUUGGCAGAUAAUCUUGACACAGCGACGGCUGCUGUCUCGUUUGAUUCUUCAUGUUUGUCCGUUACAAGUCUGUCCAAUACGUGUAACAGGCAGGUCACGGAAUUCGAAUUGUCAUCCAGCCGCCGUUCAUUAGCUGAUGAAGCCAUUGCAUCAUCACGUGUACCUCUGGCUAACACCCUUAGCAACGGGGAAUUGCUACAACUACAGUGGAAUGGAAGAGGUGCGACUGACACAGACAUGGGCCAGACAUCAAAUGUCAAGGGUAAUGUUGAUCAAAUCAGUACAUCACCAGCAGUCAAAUCACCCGGAAGCAGAACCAAGGGUUGGGAAUUUCUUGACAACUUAGAUUUUGAAUCUAUUAGUGGGUCAAUUAUUCCAACUAUUUCGAACGUACCUAGGCAUCUACAAGCUUUCUUCAGGGAAUGUUGUGCUAUGUCUCUAGUGAAACUUUCAGAAAACAGCAGUGACCUGUCAGCGUGGAAACUAUUUCUUCUAACACCUAGGUUUCUAUUGCAACCAGUGACUCGUGGUGGCAAAUGUGGCAAGAAAGAACAUGAAAGCCGAUAUAAAAAGUUCAGAGAAUUGAGGUUUGACGAACUUUAUCACUCAUCAGUGCCUCGUCCUGACGAACGUCAAAAUAAGUUUGAAUGCCCUGAUUCUGAUAGUGUUAUUUCAUCUAGCUUGAUCAGAUCAGUCCGGUCAAAAGUGAGAAAUGGAGAAAUUUCUAGAGCAGGCAAUCUCUUAACAAGUUCAGGUUUGGCAACUACAUCCCUUGAGACUUUUCAGCGUCUGCAAGAAAAACAUCCACAACGCAAAAAUCUUAUCUCUGAAGAACUAAAGCACCACAAACCCACCUGCUCUCCAGUCCAAGUAUCUCUUUCUUUGUUCAUUUCAGUUCUCAAAAAUUGUCCGAAUGGAUCUAGUUGCGGUUUCAAUGGCUGGAGAUUCGAACAUCUAAAAUUAUUGUUAGAUUCUGACUACACCACGUCUCAUUUGCAUUCUUUGUGCAAUAGCUAUUUAUCAGGUUCUGUACCAGAUGUUGUGGCCACUACUCUAGCUGGCGCAAAGUUGAUUGCUUUGCAGAAAAACGUGAAUGAUGUCCGACCAAUUGCGGUUGGUGAUUCUUUUCGACGACUGACGGCCAAACUUGCAUGUCAUCAACUCAAGAAGAAGAUUUCGACUUUCCUUGCCCCUCAUCAAUAUGGAGUUUCAACGCCGGGUGGAGCUGAGCUAAUGACACAUCUCAUUCAGGCAUCUCUGGAGGAGCAUCCGGAGUGGAUUGUUAUUAAAACUGAUGCAAAAAAUGCUUUCAAUACUGUUGAUCGGUCUGCCUUUUUGUCUGAAGUUGCUUCAACUUUUCCGGAACUGUAUCCAUUUGUGGCGCAAUGUUAUAUUCCUCCAGCUAAACUCACUGUUCGAGUGGGCUGUAAAACACAAUUUAUACUGUCCGAGGAAGGUGUACAACAAGGCGAUCCUCUAGGACCCCUAUUGUUUGCCCUAGCUCUUCAACCAAUACUGAUCAAUGCAGCUAAAGAUCACGAGUCAGUUCUUACGCCUAGCUAUCUCGAUGACAGCAUGAUUCUAGGGCCAAAAGAGGAAGUGAUCAAUUGUUACAACAAUUUGAAAGUUAAACUAUCUAAAAUUGGAUUAGAAUUGAGAGAGGAUAAAUGUGAAGCUUUCUCACCAAUCGGUAUCCAUGACUGGCCUCUGAACAUUCCUAUACAAAAGAACGGCUUUGUUGUCUUAGGAACUCCUAUUGGAUCCCUGUCUUUUGUUAAAGAUCGGUGCAUGAAGCAAGUCAACACUGCCAAAACCUUCCUAUCAAAACUUCCUUAUAUUGACGAUACACAAUCCGCAAUGCUAAUCCUUCGUUACUGUGGAAUUCCAAAGAUUUCACACUUACUUCGAUGUGUUCCUCCAACGGUUACUGCUGAGGCUACGAGAGAUUUUGACGUAGCAAUCAUAAAUACUUUUGAGGCCAUCAUCGGCUGUAAGCUAUCUGAGCAACAAAGGGUACAACUCUCCUUUCGAUUCAGUCAAGGUGGAUUCGGUUUAUCUCAAAUGAGUGUUACUGCUCCAUGUGCUUUGUUACUGCUCCAUGUGCUUUCUUGGGAGCUUGGGCGAGCACUCUACACCAGCUUCCUUUGA